GACCCAAAAAUGACUGAAUGGGGGGAUCACUUCGUAAAUCAGGAAGUUGAAGAUGAUGAGGAACAGGAAGAAGGAGAAAGUGAUGCCAGUGCUUUUCGUUUUUCGGGUCGUGACAGUCUAAUCUUCCUUGUUGAUGCCUCCAAGCCGAUGUUUGAGAGUAUCGAUGGUGAAUUGACCCCAUUUGACCUUACUUUGCAGUGCAUUCGCAGUGUCUACGCCAGCAAGAUCAUUAGCAGUGACCAUGACCUCCUGUCUGUAGUGUUCUUUGGCACUCGUGAGAGCACUAACUGUGAUCCAUUCAAACACCUCUGUGUCCUUCAUGAUUUGGAUACCCCAGGUGCUAAGCGCAUCCUUGAUCUGGAUAAGUACAAAGAGGAAAAGGGAAGAGCAUUAUUCUGUGACACUAUUGGGUGUGGUGGAGACUUUUCUUUGGGGGAGGCUCUUUGGCUUUGCUCAAAUCUCUUUAGCAAUGUAAAAGUCAAAAUGAGCCACAAGCGCAUAAUGCUGUUUACUAAUGAAGACAACCCUCAUGCAAAUGACCCAGCCAAAGCGAAACAGGCAAGAGCCAAGGCAGAGGACCUUAAGGACAUGGGGAUAUUUUUGGAUCUAAUGCACCUUGAGAAACCUGGAGGAUUUGACAUCUCUUUGUUUUAUCGUGACAUUGUUAACACUGCUGAGGAUGAGGAUCUUGUGGUGCAAUUUAAGGCUUCUGAAAAACUGGAUGAUCUCUUAAAGAAGGUACGGGCCAAGGAAGCAAGGAAGAGGGCCCUGUCAAGACUGAAUUUAAAGCUUGGGCCUGAUGUUGGUCUUACUGUGGGCGUUUAUAACUUGGUGCAGAAAGCUGUAAAACCACCCACAGUGAGGCUUUACCGUGAAUCAAAUGAGCCGGUGAAGACAAAGACCAGGAUCUUCCAUAGUAACACAGGGAGCCUGUUGCUUCCUAGUGACACCAAGAGAUCUCAGACAUAUGGAAAUCGCCAGAUUGUCUUGGAAAAGGACGAGACCGAGCAGCUAAAGAGAUUUGAUGAACCUGGCUUAGUGCUGAUUGGAUUCAAACCUAUCAGCUGUUUAAAAAAACAUCAUUUCACCAGACCUGCCCAGUUUAUCUAUCCAGAAGAAUCUAUUAUCACUGGAAGCACCACUCUGUUUAAUGCUUUGCUUACAAGGUGCCUAGCUCGGCAAGUGAUGGCCAUCUGUAGGUACACACCUCGCAGAAACACCCCCCCUCGCUUUGUGGCAUUGGUUCCCCAGGAUGAGGAAUUGGAUGAUCAAAAUAUGCAGAGCGCACCUUCUGGCUUCAAUCUUGUUUGUCUUCCGUUUGCUGAUGACAUCCGGAAACUCGACACCCCAGAAAAGAUUACUGCAAAUGAAGAGCAAGUGGAUAAGAUGAAGGAAAUUGUGCAUAAACUGCGCUUUAAUUUCAGGAGUGAUAGUUUUGAGAACCCAGUACUUCAGCAGCACUUUCGAAAUUUGGAGGCUCUUGCUCUGGAUAUGCUAGAGCCUGAACCUAUUGAGGAUCUGACAUUACCAAAAGUGGAAAUGAUUGAUCGUCGCAUAGGGUCUCUAGCUGAAGAGUUUAAAGAGCUUGUUUAUCCACCAGGGUACAACCCAGAGGGCAAAGCUGUGAAACGAAAACAAGGUGGCAGCAGCGACAGUCGAGUUGAGAAGAAAGCCAAAGCAGAUGUCUCCAUCUCAGAAGAUGAGCUAAGGACCUAUGUAAAAAAUGGAACUCUUGGAAAGCUGACCGUACCUGCAUUAAAGGAGGCAUGUCGUGGGUACAAACUGAAAGGGAGCAAGAAGCAGGAGUUGGUUGAUGCCCUUGUAGAGUAUUUCAAGAAGAACUAGUCAAUAAUAUAUAAAUGUUCUCUACUAUUUGCAACUCAUAAAUUCUUACAAUAAAAACAAUAUAUAGCUUAGAGGUGCAGCCAAUUAAAAAUGUCAGUCUCUUAGAUAAUUUCUCGCCGACCCCUUCACAGUCUCUCAACUGUAUAUAAGUCCAAAAUAAAUUCAUAAAUUCUUACGUUCUCUCAGUAUGUUUAUAAAUGAUAUUUAGCACAUCUAAUGUAAUUUCAUGGACCACAGGGCUUGUUCCCUUUAUAGCACUUGUAAUUAAACUGUUCUCAAGAAAUAUUCAA